GAGCCUCAGAGCUGAAUAAAGAGAGCCAGAGAGAGCGCGAGCGUGCGGAGGAGUGUAAUAACAGCGCACCGGUACAGACAGGGACCCGUUAAUCCCCCUGUAUACACACACACACAAACACACACACACACACUUUAUACACACUCACGCGUACGCGCGCACACGCACGCUCGCACGCAGGCAGGCGCGCGCGCUCGGGGGAUGAUUUGGACUGGAGCUUAAACGCGUUUUGGGAACUGAAGUGAAGUGAAGUCCGUGUGUGGAUUUUUACAAAAGCAGGAAUUAUCUUUUGGAAUUUCUUUAUAGCGUGUGAACACCUGAACUUUUUCUAUUAAUGAGGCAGCCUCCGGCAGAUGUGGACGUUAUGGCGCUGAGGCGCGCGCUCCUGCCCUCCAUCUCCACCUUCACCACCGGAGCUGCUGAGCCGAGAUGGAAGGAGGAAAUGUCUCAUUCGAAGCACUUUGACAACAUCAUGACUAAAAAAGAGCCAGAGGAAUUUGAGCUGCUCGACUACGACUUCAUUCUUUCUAAUAGCAUCAUGCAACAACAACAACAGCAGCAGCAGCAACAGCAGCAGCAACAGCAGCAGCAACAGCAGCAGAAUCGUCCACCUCCACCUGAAAUGACAUCAUUAUCCUAUCCAUCUUAUCACAUGUCGUAUGUGUCGGACAUCAGUGACGUUUCCCCUAGUGGAGGUUUUGUCGCUGAGCUCAUGAGACCUGAACUGGACCCUGCCUACCUUCAGCCACUUAGUGACAACGUCAGCACUGCCGCAAAUGCCAAUACUAAUAUUAACAUUAACCUGCAUGGGAAAUUCGUGGUUAAAACUACGAAUGUUCCAAACAACAUGUUGGCUUACAACGAGAGUGAGAACACGACUGCGUCGGAACCGUCGCCGGCCUUGUUUAUGUGCCGCAGAAUUAAACAGGAGUACCAGGCCUCCACAUCGUCCUCCUCUCUUUCACCAGACGAGCAUCACACAAAUGCGCAGGUGUUGGCUCAUCCUACGAUCUCUGUUCCGCAGGGAUUCCAUCCACCUCACAGUUAUUCCCAGUUCCCCGCAGCACCAGUGCAGUACUCGGAAAUGAUCCCUACUGCAGCAGAGGAGCCGAAACCCAAACGUGGGCGACGCUCUUGGCCAAGGAAGAGGAUGGCCACACACACGUGUGAUUAUGCCGGCUGUGGAAAAACCUAUACGAAGAGCUCACACCUGAAAGCACAUCACAGAACACACACAGGAGAGAAGCCAUAUCACUGUGAUUGGGAAGGCUGCGGAUGGAAAUUUGCCCGUUCUGAUGAACUCACGCGUCAUUACCGUAAACACACGGGUCACCGGCCGUUUCAGUGUCAGAAGUGUGACCGUGCGUUUUCCCGCUCUGACCAUCUGGCACUGCACAUGAAACGCCAUCUAUAACCUUUAACCCUUGAAUCCUAAAUCAUGUGCGGAUAUAAACACGACACACAGGACGGCCAUCAAAACUCCACGAGUUGCCUUUUUAAAGAAAAAGACAACGAAAGAAAGAGACCCGAGACACGCUGUGAUGUUCACGGCAAAACAAAGUACACUAUUAUCUCUUUAUUUCUACUUUAUAUAAGAACGCUGACGGCUCAUGAACUGGACCGGUGACAAUUCAGCAAACUGUACUGAGGAUUUUUAUUUAUUAGACUUUGUACAUCAUUAUUAUUGUCAUUUCACGUCUUCACUACAAAGCUGUUUACAGAAGAGCUUGACUUUUCACAUCCCAUAAUGCUACAUGAUCAACAUUGAGAUGCAUCAGGUUUGCAUAACACUAACGUAAAUGUGAUAUUCCAUCCCUCUGUCCCGAGUCUGAUCGAGGAAGGUGGAGAACCCCAUCAUCUACAUUCUAUACUGCAGUUUUAAGAACCAUGUAGAUCAAAACAAACAUUUCUCUGCUUUACUAUUCUCCGGGUUAGUUUAUUACAUAGUACAAAUUAUUCUCCACCGAAUAGGGGUGAAUGUGGUUUCGUUGUAUUUCGAACACAGACCAGGAGCCUGAAAUGUACAGGAUAAAUAAAUAAAAUGUAUUUGGGGAUCUUGUCUUCCAGCACAUCAGUGACAUAGAAACCACUGAGCUGUAAAAUCAUAAGGAUCAAUAAGCAACAUUGUAAGUAUGAGGUGCCAAAAACAGAACAAGAAAACAAAUCGCUCUGGAAACCUAUAUAAAUAUAAAACUGUAAUUAUUUCACAAUGUCACUGUAAUUUCUACAAAUAUUUUUGUAUAGAAUUAUAUUUAUGUGAAUACAUUUCUGAGAGCAACACAAGAAAACCUAACUGGAAAUAUAUAUAUAAUAAAAAUAUAUUAUUUUUUUCUUCUGUAGAACUGGAAAUAUUUACAUUUUUAAAUAUUCAGUGGUGUUUUUUUUUUUUUUUUUUUUUUUUACCAGAUAAAUGCAAGAAAGUGAAACCAAACUGGAGCUUGGGUUGCCAUACUUAAUGAACAAGUAGGGAAGAUUUAUGUGUAUAAAAUAUCAGGGAUAUUAUGGGAUUAUAAUAUUCAAAAGUCAUACCUUUAAACUAGAUGACACACAUGCACACACUGUAUAGCGAUAUUACUGGUUAUUUCUGGUACUGGUUACUUUUUUUGCCUGUUGUGUCUCUGCACUGGUGCAAUAAACAUUUUGAUAAAAAAAAAGCAAACAAACAAAAAAAAUCUGAAUAAACACUCUGGAUAUUUUUAUAACUCUUGAACAGAGGAUUUCCUGUUUAUAUUAAAUAAAUGUAAUAUAAUCCUGCAUUUUGUAAAACUUGUAAAUAAGUAUUUUUUUGUAUUUUAACUGUAUAAAUAAAAUAUCAAACAUUCCAAAAGAA